GAAUGAAUGGCCUUGUUGACCACAAGCGUAAGUUACAAGUAAUUCACGGGGAAGGAGAAGAAGAAGAACUCGAACCGGAACUGUCCUCCCUCGUCCCUGGAUCCCACUUCUCACAAGUCCCUGUUCUGUUCAUUGUUACAGAACCACGUUUCCGCUUCGCUCCGAGGCUUCACCGCGCAGAUCCGUGAACUGCGUGUCAGCAAACUUGGCGAUCUCGUCAGUGACGGAGCCUAGCAGCCCAACACACACUUUGGCUGAGUUGAUUCUCCUCCUUCCGCUGUUCUUUUUCGUAGCUGUGCAGCACCAGUAAUGCGGUGCUAGGGUUGAGCGGUGUAGUUUGCUGCUGUGUGACGGUCGAUUUUUCCAAUCUGGACUUUCUUGCUUAUCGCACCUCCCCUUCCUUCGUUGCACAUUCUUAUUAGAUUCUCGUUUGCCAAGAAAGCGUCCUCUGCAAGCAAGAAGAGGGGCAUAGACGAGGUUGGGAGAUGGCGCAUAAAGCGGAUGACGAGUAUGACUAUCUUUUCAAGGUGGUGUUGAUAGGAGAUUCCGGUGUUGGAAAGUCCAAUCUGCUUUCCAGAUUUACUCGUAACGAGUUCUGUCUGGAGUCCAAGUCGACCAUUGGCGUGGAGUUCGCCACUCGCUCCAUUCAGGUCGACGGAAAGACCAUCAAAGCUCAAAUCUGGGAUACGGCAGGUCAGGAGAGAUACCGAGCUAUCACUAGUGCAUACUACCGUGGCGCUGUGGGAGCUCUGCUGGUGUACGACAUCACAAAGCAUGUAACUUAUGAGAAUGUGGAAAGAUGGUUGAAGGAGCUGAGAGAUCAUGCCGACUCCAACAUCGUGAUCAUGUUGGUGGGAAACAAAUCCGAUCUCAAACAUUUAAGAGGGGUUUCAACUGAUGACGCUCAAUCGUUUUCUGAGAAAGAAGGGCUUUCCUUUAUAGAGACUUCAGCUUUGGAGUCUACAAACGUCGAGAAAGCAUUCCAGAGGAUUUUGACAGAAAUUUACCGCAUUGUUAGCAAGAAAGCUUUGGCUUCAGAAGAGAACACCACUGAAGGCCCUGGACAGGGAACGAACAUUGUUCCACUUGACAGCAAUGCCCCAGACCUGAAGAAGAAGGGCUGCUGUGGGGCUUAAAACUAUUUGUAGUCAUCUUUUUAUUAGAGUCAUUGUUAGGGCUUCCAUAAUUGUGUGAAUCAUUCUCUUUGACGCAAUGAGGUUUUACAUUGGCAACUUUGAAACUAGAAAAUUUAUCCCUGGUAGACAACACUGAACUUCCUCAGCUAUGUGCCAACGGUGCUGUGAGUAGUCUUUCGAGAAGCUGUUAGCCUGCCGUUGUAGUGAUCUUGUGGCUUGAUCAGAAGUUCACGUAGCAAUUAACUGUUUUGGGAGUCCGUGUUUAGAGUUGAAGUUGACCGUGAACUGAACCUGAUAUCGAGGGAUAGUGUGGUUUAUGUCACCUAAUCAGAUUUGUAUGCUAGGGCACAUGCAUGUCAGAGAAAUUGUCAAUGAAAAUGUUUGACAUGUGCUGAUUGGUUUGUUCGGUUCUUAA